UAAAACGUUUGUGGGCUGAAGAAGGCAAGUGGGGGAAGAUGGCUAUGGCUGUAGCAUGGUCAUCUUCCAUUUCACCGUACACAUUCAUUAAUGCUACUCCAAAGCGCUGCUAUGCCAUUUCUCAAGCUACUGACUUGCCAACAACAAGUAGUACAACAACCACUUCUUCCGCCAUUCGCCCUGCUGUUAUUCUUCCGGGGUUAGGGAACAACUCAAAUGACUAUGAGAAGUUGGCUCUUAUACUGAAAGGCUAUGGAGUGCCAACAGCAAUAGCAAAAGUUUCAAGAAUUGAUUGGCUGAGGAAUGCUGCUGGUUUAUUGGACUCAAAUUAUUGGCGUGGCACUCUUCGUCCUCGGCCAGUGCUUGAUUGGUACUUGGAAAGAAUUGAUGAAGCCGUGAGUGAAGCAAAAGAAUUGGCUCAAGGUGGGAAUGGAACUUUAUCUUUUAUAGGGCAUUCAGCUGGAGGAUGGCUCGCACGUGUCUAUUUGCAGGAAUUUGGCUUCUCAGAUAUUUCCUUGUUACUGACUCUAGGAACCCCCCACCUGCCACCACCUAAAGGUUUGCCAGGAGUAAUUGAUCAAACAAGAGGCCUCUUGUAUUACGUUGAAGAGCAUUGUGCAAAAGCUGUCUAUUCUCCACAACUUAGAUAUGUAUGUAUUGCAGGGAGGUAUAUUCAAGGGUCUCGUUUCCUUGGUUCAAGUUCAACAUACAGUUCUGAAGUGGAAGCUAGUGUUGCCCAGCCAACGUCAGAGGUUGCUGCUGUAAGCAACACAAAUCCAGAAACAGCUUCGACUUUCCGUGCACGGUUUGUUGGUCAAGGCUACAAGCAGGUUUGCGGCCAGGCAGAUGUCUGGGGUGAUGGAGUUGUGCCAGAAGUCUCAGCUCAUCUGAAAGGUGCACUUAAUAUCACUCUGGAUGGAGUUUACCAUUCCCCUGUUGGCUCUGAUGAUGCUACUAGACCAUGGUAUGGUUCUCCUGCUGUUGUCGAACAAUGGAUCCGACACAUGCUUGUCUGAUUAUAUAGUUCUCAUGGUAAAUAUUAGGCAAAUUUACCCUAUUAUUUGUGGCAAAUGGAGAACAUUGUUCAUCAGAAUGCAUUAUUUGUGGCAAAUGGAGAACAUUGUUCAUCAGAAUGCAUUAUUUGCGACAAAUGGAGAACAUUGUUCGUAAUCACAAUGUGAGCCAAUUAAUGAGAUCUUCCUCAAGCCUGUUAUGAAUUA